GAUGUACCUUUACAGAUGUAUCAGAGAGGUUGUUACCAUUCCAAACCUGCAAACGUCCCUUCUAACGGCUGUCAUAACAGGGACAAUAUAAACGAAGAUAAAACUGUCAUUAAACAAAUUCUUGAUAAAGCUUCGUCAACAUUUGAGAAUUAUAAUGUGGCUAAGUUUACAGGGGAAAUGUGUCUAUGUACAGACACAUACUGCAGGGAUACGUCCGCCGCCAGUCAACGUGCACCAUUCAAUAUCUUGCUGUUGUUGGCAUGUGUACUUAUUUAUCUUGUUUUUGUAAAAUAAUAAUAACACGUGAUUGAUCACUGUUGAUGACUUUUUCACUCAAUUAUAUUAUCUUAUAAAUGUGUAAAAAUAACCAUUCUAUGUAUAAUGAUAUAAAUUACACAAAAUAUUUAUAACAAAGAUUUUGUAAGUCACAGCGCGAAGGAUUAUCAAAUUCCGAGUUGAUGCUCCAAUGUAAAUGUCUGCUAUUUGUUCAGGACAAUGGAGUGGUUAUCUGAAUCAGCAGAAAUUUUACAAAUUUUGACGCCUGAAGUGCCUCAUUUAUGCUUCUACUUCGUAUACCUGUAUAUAUACACACCCACUACUGUGAUUAGUAUGUCUUCUUUCUUUGUUAUCUCUUUUGUUGUGGUUCAGGAUAAUGGUUCAAGCAUUUUCGCCAACAAUAAAGAUCUAGUGGUUAAUUUCUUAUUUGGUCACAUUAUAGAAUUCCAUUGUUUUCGUAUUGCAGUAUAUUGACGGAAAUUAACUUGAAACUAUUUUUAAAAAACAUUUAUUUUCUUUCAUUUAUAUUAUGACUUGUACAAAGUUUAAAUCUAUUGUCCAGAAUGCAUGAGUAAUUGUCGAGCAUGAAUGACUAUUACAUGUAUAUUCUUGUAAACAUGUUCUUUAAUCAUACUUUUAUAAACUAUACAGUUUUAUCAUGCUGUAGAUAACCUAUUUCACAUGAAUAUCUUUUGUUAUUAUGAUAUUACAAACCACGACUUUUAUUAUAAUUAAAGCCGGGUACAAACAUAUCUCAAAUAAACAUGGUUUGUUACAUAAUUUACACCCCAAUAAAUGUAUCAUUUUAGCAGUGCUAAAUCGUCUAAUGAUACUCUAAAUAGAUGUUUGUAUGCGUUUUUGGAUCAUUGAAUUAGUAAGUUCCACAUAUUUUCUUAUAUCUAUCAUAAAUAUUAAAUCACGUUUAAUGCACUUUACUGUUUACCGGGUGACAUUACCUAAAAUCACAUUUAUUAAGAGAAUAGAAAGAGAAUAUUAACCAUAAAAUUCGCAUUCAAGACUUCUGUGCUUUAAUAGCAAUGGACCUUUCCAGUUUUUCGUAGCGGAACAUUUAGCCAAUUGCUAGGUCAACUGCUCACAACAUAACCACCUUUUCUUUUGUGCAAACCAGGUCAACCAGUGACUAUGUAUUAUCCCAGUGUAGCAAUUGGAUAACAAGUUAGCCAAUUUACAUAAAACUGUAAAUACUGGAAAGGUCCAUAACACCUUUACCAGGUAUCUAAAAGAAAGAAUUAUCCAAGUGACACAUUUCUGUACACUUUUAAAAUUGCAAAAGAUGAUCUAACAUUCUAUACUUGUAUACAAAUGUUCUUUUGUCAGAAUCGAAUGCAUCAUUCAGGAUCUUUCAAUCCUGAAUUAAUGUGUUAAUGCAGUACUUAAUGUUCAAGUUAAUUACUUCAAUUCACCAUCGCAUCUGUUAUUUAUCAAAAUAAACAAUUCUAAAUCUUAUGGUUAUAAUUUAAAUUACAUCAGAUUGUUAAUAAAGUUGUUGAAUACUGAUAAAA